AUGAGCCGCCGCGCGCUCGUCAACAUCCUCAUCAUCUCGUGCACCUCCGGCGUCGUCGCCCUCCUCGCGCUGCUCGCGGCGACGCUCUGUCACAAGUACGCCAAGGCGCGGCGCAAGGCCAAGCAGGCCGCCGUGCUGCUGCGCGGCAGCGGCGGCGCCCCAGAGCUCUCCCUCGCGGAGGGUCUACAGUACCACCUCUUCCUCUCGCACACCUGGGCGACGGGGCAGGACCAGGUCGCGCUGAUGAAGCGCCGCCUGCUCGCUCUCAUGCCAGGCCGCGGCCGCACCGCGGAGGCUCGCCAGCGCAGCGCGCCCAAGAUCUUCCGCGACGUUGACGACUUGCAGGACACGGACGCGCUGGAGGGGUACGUCGCGUCGUCGGCGUGCGUGCUCAUCUUCCUCACGCGAGGCUACUUUCUGAGCCCGGCGUGCUUGCGCGAGGCGCGCGCGGCGGCGAACAAGCCGCUCAUCAUUGUCCACGAGGCGGACACGACGAAGGGCGGCGGGCCGCUGGCGGAGCUGAUCGCAGAGUGCCCCGCAGACCUCGGCGGCGGUGCGAUCAUCGUUCCGUGGCCGCGCGUCGAGGCGCUGCAGGUGGAGUCGCUGCGGAUGAUCCUCGAGGAGAUGCUCGUCGCCUCGCCGCGCUACGGCGCCUACGUCGAAGCCCUCGAGCACGGGCUGGGCCGGGGGAGCCGGUGA